AUCAAUUAACAUUAUUUGUAGUUUUAAAAACUUUUUAAGUGGAAUAAGAAAUAUACAAAAAAUUGGUGAUCACGUUAGAAAUAAUUAAAUAAAAACUGUGUUUUUUUUUGCUUUAUCGAUAGACUGUGAAAUAAAGAUUCAAAAUGGUGAAUAAGGUGUAUAAAAUUAAUUCUACGACGGAAAAGAAGACGGGGAGCAAACACAAUCAAAUUCUUAUGUCGAUAGUCGUAUGCAUGCCUAUACUGGCGUAUGGAACAGCCAUGGGCUGGAUCUCUCCUAAUAAAGCUCUCCUGAUGGGAGACUACUCGCCAUCUAACUCUCCACUGUCGGAAGAGGAUGUCUCCUGGAUGGCCUCAAUCAUGUUCAUCUUCGCGCCCAUAGCAGUCUUCGUGUAUGGCGUGGCUGCAGACAAGUUUGGCAGGAAGAACGCUUUGCUAUGUUCAUCUGUGCCUAUCGCGGUCGGCUGGGCUGUGAAGCUGAUAUGCACUCAUCCGAUCGCUCUGAUCGGUGCCCGGGCGUUGAUUGGCUUCGGAUCUGGGGGAGGGUUCGUGGUCUGCCCCCUAUAUGUGAAGGAAAUCAGUGAGGAUAGUAUCAGAGGCAUGACGGGAACUUUCGUCAUAUUCUCACAGACGGCUGGGAAUCUCCUAGUGUUCGUUUUGGGCGACCUACUACCGUUCAACACCGUGCUAUGGAUACUGCUGGCUAUCCCAGUGGUACAUUUCUGCAUACUCCUGAGGCUGCCGGAGACACCGUCCUAUCUUAUCAAGUGCGGCAAAACUCAAGAAACGACCAAGGUGUUGGCGUGGCUUCGCUCCCUGCCUGAAGAUGACAAGACUAUAACUGAGGAGGUGGACCGGCUCACCAUUGAGCAAACUACCAGUGAACCCAAAUUCUCACCAAAACUUCUCUUCUCCGACAAGACAGCAGUGAAAGCCUUCUGGGUGGCUCUCAUAGUGAACCUGACUCGGGAGUUCUGUGGCUGUAUAGCCGUCCUCGUGUACGCCAGCCACAUCUUCGCCGAGGCUGGCAAAGACCCUAACACUAGCAUCGCUCUGUCGCCGAACAAGCAGUCGAUCUUGCUCGCUGUGGUGCAGAUCUUUGGGUCGUUUUUGGCGUGUCAACUCGUGGAUAGGGCCGGGCGUAAGCCUCUCCUGGCCGUGACGAGCGUAGUGGCCGGGUUCAGCAUGUGCCUGCUAGGCGUAUGGUUCUACCUGCAGAGCGCGGGCGUGUUCAUGCCCGGCUGGGUGCCCAUAGUGGCGCUCUGCGUCUGCAUAUUCGCCGACGCGUCGGGACUGCAGCCGCUACCGUUCGUGAUUAUGACGGAGAUGUUUAACUUCCAGUUACGAGGCACUGUAGCUACACUAAUAAUGGCGAUAUCCCUGGCCACCGACUUCGCUCUCCUCAAACUAUUCUCACCGUUGAACGCCUGGAUUGGUUACCACUCAACCUUCUGGAUGUUCAGCAUUAUAUGCCUCUCCAACGUAUUCUACCUCAUCUUCUGCGUGCCGGAAACCAAAAUGAGAUCUCUAGAAGACAUCUAUGCAGACUUAGAAGGUAAGAAGCGACAGAAGAAAGGAGAAGAGGAUGUAGUCGAGACAAAUCACGUGUAAAGUUCCUAUUUAGUUUAAGUAUUUAUUCAAGGGUGUUAGAAAUGAUUCUUGCUGAGUUUGGACCAAACUAAGAGUAAGAGUACUUAAGAGCCCUUUU